UAUUAGAAUAAAAGAAGCGCUUUUAUUUCCCAUAUGACAACAUGUCGGUGGCGUUUUCAUCGGCGCGCCCCAGAAGUAAAGGGGAGGUGACACAGCAAACCAUUCAAAAGAUGCUGGAUGAAAAUCAUCACUUAAUACAGUGUAUAAUGGAUUACCAAAGCAAAGGCAAGACAGCUGAAUGCACACAGUAUCAGCAGAUCCUGCACAGAAAUCUUGUUUACUUGGCCACGAUAGCUGAUUCGAAUCAGAACAUGCAGUCGCUACUACCUGCUCCCCCCACUCCCAACAUGUCCAUGGGUCCUGCAGGGAUGGGCCAGAGUGGGGGACACGCUCCAAGCAACCUCAAUGACAACAUGGCACCAGGACUGCCCCCCACAUCAAUGAUGCAGAGCCAAAUGAGCAAUGGCCCCAGCCAUGCCCCCAUGCAGCAGCAGUCUGGUCAGGUGCAGUCGGCUAUUCCCUCCGCAUCCCUCAGCCUGCCAGCCAGCAGCUACGGUAGCUCAGCCUCCGGCUACAGCCAUGCUGCGCCCCCCUCCCAGGGCAGCAUGAUCCAGGGCCCUGGGCCUGGCUAUGGCUCUUCUUCCUCUUCUUCCUCCACAUCCUCAUCCUCCUCUUCCUCCUCCUCCCGCAGCAACCUCAACAUGCAGUCCAACCAAGUCUCCAUGAUGCAUCAGCAGUCUGCCACUCCACACUACUCCUCAGCCCAGGCUGGGGGCCAACACUAUCAGGGACAGCAGGCCAUGGGCAUGAUGGGUCAGGGCAGUCAAGGAAACAGUAUGAUGUCUCAGAGACCUAUGGGAUCCUACCGCUCCACACAGCAAGGAUCUGCACAGCAGUACAUGGGACAAGACGAGUUCUACGGAGAGCAGUAUGGACACACUCAGAGCUCCAGCGAGCCCAUAAACCGGCAAUAUUACCCUGAUGGUCACGGGGAGUACUCGUAUCAGCAGUCUUCAUAUGGUGAGCAAGGCUACGACAGGUCCUUCGAUGAAUCCUCACAGCAUUACUACGAAGGAGGUAACUCUCAGUACAGUCAGCAGCAGGCCCAGUAUCAGCAGGGCUCUGGCCAGCAGCAGCCCUUCAGCCAGCAGCAGUACUCCUCUCAGCAAGGCUACAGCGCACAGCCACAGGGAUAUGGUCCUGGCCAGGGUGGAUCCUCCCAGUAUUCUCAGUAUCAGCAGGGUCAAAGCCAACAGUACGGCUCCUACCGCUCCUCUCAAGGUGGUCCUGGAGCGCAGACGCAGAGGCCCUAUGCAUAUGAACAGGGUCAGUACGGAAAUUAUCAGCAAUAAGAUACCACAUUGUUUUCCCGCUGGAAGAAAAUGAGAAAGGAACGGUUCAACAGCGACGUGCCGGCUCAGCUGUGGAUUAGAUGUGGCUGCAUCAGAUUUAUUAUCCUCUCAUUAAUCAUCAUUCUAGCUAAGAAUACAUAAUAUAGUCCAGCGUGAUGCUUCCCUCAUCUGUUUUGCUCACUACAGGGUUGUAGCCGGUAGCUGAAGGUGUGACGUGCUACGGGCCACCCUGUGAAAAGUAAGUCAGGGUGCUUGUAGAGUCAAGGCAGUUAAUAUAAACCUUCCAUAUGGAUUAAAUAGGGUGCUUAAAAGGAGUCAUUAAAUGAGCCUCAGCAAAUUGCCUGUAUCCCUCACUUUCUUUUCCGUCUUUGCCUUUCACUUGUCUUUAUCCCAUCCCUGCCUUUAAUGUUUAUUUUAUUUUACAAGCCUCUUUUUUAUUUCUUUUCUUUUUGGUGCGCAGAGUUGGGCAGUGGUUUGUGAGACGGAGGCUAUAAAAAGCAAAUUAGCCUUGAAGGAAAUGUUCCUUGAUAUUUAUCUAAUAGACUAGGUCCAGCUCUUGCUUUGAUUCCUAGUUGAGGCGCCGUUAUAUCUCACGAUAAGGGGAGUUAAGUUUUAUGAAAGCGCUGGUCCUUAAACCUGACUCGAUCGGGGGGUUUUGUCUGUGUUAGUCGAACUGUGAUGUGUUGCUGUGUGGUCUGUGUUUUCACUCUCUGCAUACUGUAUGUCUUACUGAGGUAGUAGAUACAAUAGGUAGGUGACUGAUCCAGAUUUUAAAGUGUGUGUCAUUGUCCAUGAUAAUCAUACAUCGUGGUAGUAUUUCUAACACUUUAUUUUAAGUGGCAUUGCUCUGCACGGGCGUUUUGUUACUGUGCAGAGUUAAGAGGAGCCAUACGACUCUGAUGCCAACCAUUAUUUGAUUUUAAAUAACACAUUGACACUUUUUCUGCACUUUAUUUUCAGUGACAGUGUUUGUAUUGUCUGAUAUUUUGUAUUGUAGUGCAAUUCAGGCUGUUUUUAAAUGAAAGAUCCUCAAAAAGCCAAAGUAACACAGGAACAAAAGGAUAACUUGUCCUGCACCUCCACUUCAAUAAGUGCAAUACACUCCGUCAGUCAUGUCGAGGUUGGAUCUCACGGUGAGCUCACACUGUAUAUCAUUAUUUGUAGUUUGUUGUGGUGAUGAUGGCGAAGACGAGGGCUGGUUUGUCUUAUGUUGCUAAAUGUUAUGUUGCAGUUUUCAACUGACAUGUCAUGUUUCAGAAAUGUAUUUUCUGUAUGGUCAAAUUUUGUGAGGUCUUUUCAUCACAAACGUAAAGCUCAGUAUUCUUUUUUUCAGUGAAAACUUUUAUCAUCAUCUUUUGUAUUAGAUGAAGAAGAUAACGUAUCUAUCUGUGUGUGUGUGAUUACAAAAUGGACAUAUAUUAUGUUGUUUAUUUACUCACCGAUUUAUUUAAAAUAAGUCAGACAGCACCUCUGGUUGUUUCAUUAGUCGCUGUUUCUCACAGUUUAAGCAGUAAUAAGGAUUAGUAGUGUGGCUGUCGGGGUCCAGCUUUGCAGUAUGUACUAUAAUAACUUAUCUCAGAGGGGUAAAAUAACACAACAGUUGCAGGGUUAAUCAAGAAUGGGAGAUACCUGGCUGUCAAACAGCUAAAUAACUAUAUACCACUCAACAGUGACAAUCACACACUUCUCUACUCUACGUUGAAUUUGUAUCAGUGUUUCAUUUUACUGUGAACUGAACCUGUAUGGCCAGUUUUCUAGCUCUAUAUGUAGUGUGUCAUCACUGAUGUAGGUGGUGCGCCGUGUGUGUGUGUGUGUGUGUGUGUGUGUGUGUGUGUGCGUGUGUGUUUGCAUGGAGGCCCAUGUAUAAGGAAGAAAGGGAGAGAGUGACAGUGAGUGUGUGAGAGAGUGAAGUUUGCUGUGCAUAAUCCAAAUAUGAAUGUCAUCUACUUAUCUAUUGUAAGACUGCAUUGCCUGAUCUUUUCUGCUGUCUUUUGUUACUGUUUGUUAUAUAAAAAUAAACUGAUACUGACCUCUUA